CACGCGUUUAAACUUCAGAUACAACGCAACUGUCGUAAACAGCUGAGAAAUUGAACCUCUGCGUGCCUAAAAGUCUUGUCGCUCUUUUAUAGCAGGUGAGUUUUAACGUUUUUGAAUACACUUGGUCGCACACAUGACCAAGCGAAGAGCAGAGAACGUUUUGCCUCCCGAAAUCCCCCAUAAAAGAUGUUUUCGUUCUCUCUCUGACAACGACAAACCGGUCGGAGGUGCGAACCUGAUCCAAAACGCAAAUCCAUCCGCGUUAUUAUCAGUGGCUGGACAACGCUGCAGGAAAAGAUCGAGCUAUGUCGAAGAUUCACUGGAUACAGAUAACCGACCGAGAAAAGUGGCUGCAAACAAGGUUAAUUCAGCGCUAGCAGAUAAGAACACAUGCAAGUCUAGAACAUUCCAGGAUGAUGCUGGUAGACCCGUGACGCGACGGUCAUCUCGCAUGCUUCAGACUCAAAAUAAACAGACAGACGAAGAAAAUAACAUAACUGCAGGAGACAAGGUUAUGCACACAGACGAGGACCUCUCUUCGUUCAAUUCUUUCCAGUUCUGGCGGGUUCCACUGCCUGAGCUGGAUCUCUCUCUCCUGGAGACUGAACCCUCAGCUGGGUCCUCCAUAGAUUCUUCCACCAAAGACUCAGAUGCAAUGGAAACAUGAGGAGAUCUCCAGUGAACAUUGACUUUCUUGUGAGAUGUUGUAUGGGUUUUGCCAAAUUACCUGAGUGGAUGUGGUGACAUGAUUCCCCCUGAUCUGCACUAGAUGAACACAUAAACAAGGCCUUGCGCUUUGUACAGUGAGGAGGCCUCCAGCAGAAGCUUUUUAUUCUGGAAGAAACACAUGAUGGGCACAUGACCUCAUAUUCCUGUCCUACAGAGGUCAAG